AUGUACGUGAGCUACCUGCAGCUGGACAAGGACCCCGCCAUGUACUCGCAUCAGAACCCGGUCAGCCGCCACUCGGGCCUCAGCCUCAGCCCGCAGAGCUUCCCGGUCCCCGCUCCUCCGCAGUACUCGGACUUUGCCUCCUACCACCAUCACCACCACCUCGGCAUCGGCAACGACCCGACGCAGCAGGCCCCGCCGGGCGCCGGCGGCUGGAGCCCGGCCUACCCGCCUCCUCCGCCCACGCGGGAGGACUGGCCGUCCCAUCCCUACGCGGUGACAUCCGCCGCAGCCGGAGGGCCUCCAGCGGCCUCCAGCGUGGGAUUCACCUCCGCGGAGUUCCCGGGACAGCAGCACGCGCUGCUCCCCGCCUCCCUGAACCCGUCUGCGGGGCAGCUGUCCCCGGGCUCCCCACGGAGGAGGAAUCCGUAUGAGUGGAUCCGCACCUCCGCUCCGCCCAGCAACCCGAAUGGAAAGACAAGAACUAAAGACAAAUACCGAGUGGUUUACACCGACCACCAGCGGCUGGAGCUCGAGAAGGAGUUCCACUACAGCAAAUACAUCACCAUUCGGAGGAAGGCGGAGCUCGCCACAGCACUCAGCCUCUCAGAGAGACAGGUAAAGAUUUGGUUUCAGAACCGCCGGGCGAAGGAGCGCAAGAUCAAUAAGAAGAAACUCCAGCAGCCGGCCUCGUCUACGACCACACCAACCCCUCCAACCGGCAACAGCGGCAGCGGAGCAGGAGGAGGUGGUGGAGGCAAUGGCCUCCAUGCAAACGGGAGCAGCAAUGUCGCAAUGGUGACGAGCAGCAGUGGCAGCAACGGGCUGGUGUCUCCCUCCUCUCUAGCUCUGAACAUCAAAGAGGAGUACUGA